AUGAAAUUGCAAUAAAUCUCUAAAAUUAAUUCAAUAUUCAAUGGCUUGUAAAGAACUGAAUUUAAUUAAAGAUCAAGUUGUUAUUUUCAGCUCAUGAUUAAAUUGUAAGCCUUUAGCUUUAUUGUAUAGAUUGGAACAUUAUAUGAUUGUAAUGUUGCUUAAUAAUUAUUUGAAUAAUGUUAACCAAACUAGAGAGGGCAGGCCUAUUUAAGAAGAUUUCACACAAGUUAUUAUACAGUAGAAAAAGUAGUUAAGGAAAAAAUAAAUCAAACAGUAUUUGCAAUAAUCUAGAGAAGAAUCAAAUGAAUAUCAUAAUUAACAUGAGAGUUAUAAUGUAUUUAAUAAUAAGAUAAUUAUAAACUUAAUACAUAGGAAGUAGAUUGAGAUUCUUAAUUAAUAAUAGUGA